CAUUUCUUGGAGCUUUAUAUGUUGACAAAGACCUGGGAUAUUGCAGAAAAUUUUGUGAAGUUUGUUUCUUUCCUAGAUUACAGGACUUUAUCAUGAACCAAGACUGGAAUGAUCCAAAAUCCAAAUUGCAGCAGUGCUGCUUAACCUUGCGUUCCAUGGAUGGUGGAGAACCAGACAUACCUACUUACAAGGUUAUUGAAUGUAAAGGACCAACAAACACUCGUGUUUAUUCUGUAGCUGUAUAUUUUCAAGGUAACCGAUUAGCAGUGGGAUCGGGUCACAGCAUUCAACAAGCUGAAAUGGAUGCUGCAUCUAACGCAUUGAAAAUAUCAAAGGGUCUGUUUCCACAACUAAGGCACCAACGGCGAGCAAUUGAGAGAAGCUUAAAGCAAGGUCCUCCUGCCAAACAAAGAAAUUCUCCACCACCUCCUUAACAUUUUACAAACGUGUAUUAUAAUUUUACAAUUGAAAAUACUGUUUUGUGUAUAUAUUCAUUUUGUAAAUAAAUAUCACCAAAUAUUAA